UUGCCACCCUUGGUGCCUGCAUGUGCGCGCCCCCGCUGCCUCUCUUUCAGUUCGGGCGCGUCGACGGGUUUGCGUGCGCGUCCCCGAGAAAUAAAGAAAAAGAGGAAAAGGAAGAGGAGGAAGGAUGAUAGAGAGAGAUAGAUAGAGAGAGAGAAAGAGAGGGGUAAACCCGCCGCCGUCUUCUUCUUCUUCUUCUACUGCUGCAGUGUCUGAUUCUCCCUCCACCACCUUCAUCAUCAUCACCAUCAUCAUCCUAUCCUCCCUCCCGUCUGUCUGCCCCCCCCCAUCCUCCUCCAACCUCCCCCCUCUCCUCCUCCUCCUCCUCCCCCUCCAUCGCGCUCUCCGCCACUGAAGGCAUGGCCAGAUAUCACAGCGACAAAAGAGAGAAAGAGGGGUAGAGAGUCCUUGACACUGACUGAGAGAGAGCACGAGAGAGAGAGAGAGAGAAGGCGGCUGCAGACUUUCCGACCAGAGAGGAAGAGGAGAGGAGGAAGAAGAGACAGAGAUAGAGGAGUCUCCAUCUUCGCCAUUUCAAUCAUGACUUUGGAAGACGGCCUCUGAAACGGUGUUUGGUGCAAAGACUCUUCAGCAAAAGGACCAGCAACAGAUUGAGGUGGUGCCACACUGAGCUCGACCAGAUGGAGGGGAAUGCGGUUGAAAAACGCCAUCGAACACGAUCCAAAGGAGUCCGAGCUGCUGUGGAAGCUGUUACACAGGAGUUAUUCAGCUGUCCCACCCCCGGCUGUGAUGGCAGCGGUCACGUCAGCGGGAAGUACGCCAGGCACCGCAGUGUCUACGGCUGCCCGCUGGCCAAGAAGAGGAAGGCUCUGGAAAAACAGCCGCUGGAGCCGGCUGCCAAGAGGAGGCCCUUCCUCACCUCCUGCCCGGGCGAGGAGGAGGAGGAGGAAGACACCGCCGUCUACACCAGCUACGAGAACGAAGCCGUGGAGGUGGGGGUAGUGGGGAAGGAGCAAGGGGAGGUAGUGGAGGAGGACGAGGAGGAAGAGGAAGGGGAGAGAGAUGCCGACGAGGAAGAAGACGGGGAGGUGGAGGACGAGUUCUCGGAGGACAACGAGGAGCAGGGAGAGGAGGAGGAAGAAGAAGAGGAGGAGGAGGACGUGGAGGUGGAGAGAGCGGAUGCGCCAAUAAGAGGGGAGCGGACGGAAGAGGAGGACGAGGAGGAGGGGAUGGAUGAGGAGGAGGAAGAAGUGGAGGACGGUGAUGACGAGGAGGAGCAGGAGGAAGACGAGGAUGAGGAGGAAGAGGAGGAGCAGAAUCGUCAGCAGGUAGAGAACCACUACAAACCCGGUGGACAAUCAAAGCUCCUUCCGGUUCAGAAGGACGACAACAACAACAGCUGCACCAUCGGCGUCGGGAACGCCACCGGAGAAGAGUACGAGAACUACGACGAGCUGGUGGCCAAGUCGCUGCUCAACCUGGGCAAGAUCGCAGAAGACGCCGCCUACCAGGCCAUGACCGAGUCCGAGAUGAACAGCAACUCCUCCAACAGCGCCGGAGAGGACGAUGACGACGACGAGGAUGACGGGAGCGAGCAGGGCGACAGGAAGGGCGAGCUGAGCGUGGACCUGGACAGCGACGUGGUCAGGGAGACGGUGGACUCCCUGAAGCUGCUCGCGCAGGGUCACGGCGCCAUGCUGCCCGAGGACGGCUACCCGGAAGGCACCAUGGUGGACGACGGCGGCCACAUUAACGGGCGGCCCGGCGGCGGGGUCAGGGUGCAGGCGGACGAGAGCGAGGAGGAGGUGUGCCUCAGCAGUCUGGAGUGUCUGAGGAACCAGUGCUUCGAUCUGGCUCGGAAACUGAGCGAGACGCAGCCGUCUGACCGCCCCGCCCUCCACGCCCUCCACCAGCAGCUGCAGAACCCGCUGGACCAGCAGGUGCUGCAUCACCAGACCAGAUCACAUCAGACCUUUGCUCGCUGCUUGACGACCUCGACUUCCUGCGCCGUCUCAGAUUUUCCUCCUGAUCCUCCCCUCAGGUACGAGAGCUGCCAGCAGGGUCCGCUGGAGGAGCCGCGGUCUCUGGAGCGCAGCUACUCCGACAUGGUGAACCUGAUGAAGCUGGAGGAGCAGCUGAGCCCGGCGUCCAGAGGUUACCCGACCAGCUGCAGCCAGGAGGGCGACGAGGACACCACGUCGGUGGCCUCCGACCGCUCGGACGAGACCUACGACAUGGCCAAGGGAAACCUGUCGCUGCUGGAGAAGGCCAUCGCCCUGGAGUCGGAGAGAGCGAAGGUCAUGAGGGACCGCAUGGCCUCGGAGCACGCCAUGCCCCGGCGGGAUCACCAUCACCUCCGCGGCCAGGGCGAGCACAGCCCGAGGCUGAGCAGCGGCGCCGAGGAGCGCAAGUCCAGGAUGCACCAUGACGGGUUGAAGAGGGCGUACUACCCUAAAGACUCUUCCAGGGGGGAGAAGAAGGAGAGCAAGUGUCCGACGCCGGGCUGCGAUGGGACAGGUCACGUGACGGGUCUGUACCCGCACCACCGCAGCCUGUCCGGGUGUCCCCACAAGGACCGAGUCCCGCCUGAGAUCCUUGCCAUGUAUGAAAAUGUUUUAAAGUGCCCUACUCCCGGCUGCUCUGGACGGGGUCAUGUCAAUAGCAACAGGAACUCGCACCGCAGUCUGUCCGGCUGUCCCAUCGCUGCCGCAGAGAAGAUGGCGAAGGUUCAUGAGAAGAGCCACUCGACUGACACCGGCAGCAAGACCAAUCAGACAUCAGACCGUGUCCUCAGGCCGAUGUGUUUCGUCAAGCAGCUGGAGAUUCCUCAGUACGGCUACAAGAACAACGUCCCGACCAGCACGCCGCGCUCCAACCUGGCCAAGGAGCUGGAGAAAUACUCCAAGACCAGCUACGACUACGGCGGCUACGACGGGCAGCAUGGCGGCUACGGGAAGAGAGGCCCGACAACCAAGUCCCACCACGGGCGAGACACCUCCCCGAAGGGAUACGACGCGAAGCGCUACUGUAAGACGUCGAGCCCGGCCAGCAGUACGACCAGCAGCUACGCUCCCAGCAGCAGCAGCAGCCUGAGCUGUGGAGGAGGAGGAGGAGGAGGAGGUGGCGGAGGGGGCGGAGGAGGAAGCAGCGCCAGCAGCACCUGCAGCAAGAGCAGCUUCGACUACACCCACGACAUGGAGGCGGCCCACAUGGCGGCCACGGCCAUCCUCAACCUGUCGACCAGGUGCCGGGAGCUGCCGCACGCUCUGGCGGGAAAACCCCAGGACCUGCUGACACAGAGUCCGGUUGGUGACCUGGACGACAGCGGUGCAGUGGAUGUGGCGGGUCAGCCCGGCGGUCCGGAGGGCAGCGGGACGGUGUUGACCCCCCUGCAGCCGAUGUCGCCCCAGCGGCAGGCUCUGCUCAGCAGCCGCUGCUACCAGCUGAGCGAGGCCGACUGCUGGGACCUGCCCGUGGACUACACCAAGAUCAAACGCCUGGGAGACGAGCAGGACCACAAAGAGUCGGCUUAUUUCUCGUCCCUACACCAGAGCGAUGAGCUGGAUCCCUUCCAGGAGCUGCUGGACGAGCAGCGCUACCCGACCGAGGUGACCAUGCCCAGCCCCAAACACCACAAGUACCCGCCCUGCAAGGAGAGCAAGAAGGAGCUCAUCACGUUGUCGAGCUGUCAGCUGGCCGACAAGAACAUCCGCGGGAUGAUGACGACCAACUCUCAAGAACUCAAGUGUCCGACCCCAGGUUGUGACGGAUCUGGACACAUUACUGGAAACUACGCCUCCCACAGGAGUCUGUCGGGUUGUCCACGCGCCAAGAAGAGCGGCAUCAAAAUCGUCCACAGCAAAGAGGACAAGGACGACCAGGAGCCCAUCAAGUGUCCGGUCCCGGGCUGUGAUGGUCAGGGUCACGUGACGGGGAAGUACGCCUCCCACCGCAGCGCGUCAGGCUGCCCCCUGGCGGCUAAGAGGCAGAAGGACAGCUACGUCAACGGCUCGCAGUUUGUCUGGAAAUCUGGAAAGACGGACGGCAUGACCUGCCCGACCCCGGGCUGCGACGGCUCAGGACACGUCAGCGGGAGCUUCCUGACACAUCGGAGUCUCUCCGGUUGUCCCCGAGCCACCUCGGCCAUGAAGAAGGCCAGGAUGAGCGGCGUGGAGAUGCUGACAAUCAAGCAAAGAGCGAGCAAAGGCAUCGAAAACGAUGAAGAAAUCAAACAGCUGGAUGAAGAAAUCAAAGAUUUGAACGAGUCCAACAAUCAAGUGGAGUCAGACAUGAUAAAACUGAGGACACAGGUUUCAGGUGUAUUUAGCCCCGCCCCCAGUCCCCACCAGCUGACAGGAUUGGUUCCUGAGAUCACCACCAUGGAGACCAACCUGAAGUCCAUCGAGGAGGAGAACAAGGUGAUCGAGCAGCAGAACGACUCGCUGCUGCACGAGCUGGCCAACCUCAGCCAGUCGCUCAUCAACAGCCUCGCAAACAUCCAGCUGCCGCACAUGAGACCGCUGCCACAGAAAGAGGCCCCAGUAAAGCAUAACUGCUGUUUACAGAUGCCUCCCAGAGAGCCAAUGAAUGAACAGAACUUUGACACUUACGUGAGUACACUGACAGACAUGUACACCCACCAGGACCAGUACCAGAGCCCGGAGAACAAGGCGUUGCUGGAGAACAUCAAACAGGCCGUUCAGGGCAUCCAGGUGUAGCCCCGACUGAGGCCAAAAUAACAAAUGCAAAGCAAAAACAACGGAGAAAAAAAAAGUCAAAAAGAGGGGGAUGGGUUGUUUUUUGCUGCUGUAAUCUACCACAGUUGUUUUAUUUCUUCUGCUGUUAUGCUCUCAACUCCAUGGGUAUCUCUUUUUUUAUUAUUUUGAUUGUUGUUGCCUUGCUUUGAGAAACAAUUACGUUUUAAACGAACAUUCACGUUUUGUACAUUUUCAUAUGACCUAAUAUAAUGUGAUGUACUGUUUAUAGCUGCUAAUGUAUGCACAUUCUAGUGUAUAUGUAUGUAUUUAUUUAUUGUAAGCUUGAAUCAUUUCUUAUUUUGAUGCGAUUUACAUUACAUCGAAAAACUUGGGCGUCACGGGUUUAACAGGGAGCAGCGCGGCGAGGCGGGAGAACGUGAAGAGCAAUCAUUUCCGAGAGGCUUUUCUCACGAGCUGUGAAGCUGGAGGUCGUUUAAAUCCAUUGAUUUUUGUAACGUUUGAAAGUGGACACUAAUGUUACUGUAAAUCUUUAGCUGAGAUUACGAGGAGAACCAAUGCUGUACGCAAAAAAAAAGAAGAUUUCAAACAUCAUGACACGGAAACUUACUGGUGCAAAAUCCCAUCAUCCCCUUCGGAGUUGUUUCGUUUCAAACUGUCCUCUUCUGUCGCUUUUCUUUGUUCAUGCGAAGAAGGAAGCGGGAAAAAAACGAUGGCUACGGAAAAAUGUAGGAGACAAUCUGCCAUUCUGAAUUUAUUUUAGUCAUCAACCUUGACUAGCUUAAUAGGACAACGUGUCAGCAAUAUUGGUAUGAUAAUACUAAAUCGUUUGUUUAGAUAUGGGAUGCAAUCUAUAUGAAAAAAUGUUUGGGUAUAUGCAAUUUCUUAUAAAUAAAACUAGCAAAGAGCUGAUAGAUCUUUUUACUAACUAUAAAUGUAUUGCGUUUUGUAUAAACCUUUUACUACAAUCAUGUUGUAGGAAUCUGACGCGGGUGAAAGGACUUUGGUUCUGUCAUGUUCGACUUUGCACAGGGACACCUUUGUUUCCAUGUUUUGAUGUUUUUAUUGUCGGCAGGCGAGAGGAUUUGUAGAUAUGAUUUUUCUUUCUAAAGGCUGAUGGCUCCGCUGGACUUACAGGGUCAAACGUCCACAUCCGUCAUUGUAUAUUGUACUCAUCCUGUAGAGAACGUCUCUCCAAUCAUGCAUCUUAUUGUCUGAGCCACAAUGGGACAUGAUGCCGGACGACAUGAUGACCAAGCAGUGCUUUUUUUCUUUUCUUUUUUUCCUUUUUAAUUAUCUUUGAUUUUUUAUUGAAAAGAUGAAUGAAAACUAGAGCCAGCAGUCGUAACGCUUUGUCUGUGCACUGAUUUACCGACUGAGUAUUUGAUCAGAAUCGGCCUUACGAUGACUUUCAGUCUGAAAUCACAGUACUGAUGGAUAUGUUUUCUGAACACCGUCGAUCAUGCAUGCACUUUAUUGGAGUAUGUCAAAGUAUUAUCACGUGGUAAAUGAAGCAAAAACUGUACAGCGAGUUUGUGGAAACUGUGACUUCGACAAGACUUUGUGCUGGUGAUUCCUGUUCGACAGCAACCUGGAGCAAAUUUCACUGAGCUGAUUUGUUGCUUAAAGGAAAACUCCCCCUCUGGCUCCAGGACUUUGUAAACCUCCAACUCACCAGUGUAUUUUCUUCUAACAUCAAAGCUCUUUUAAAAGAUAUACCAAAAACUAUGGAGGAGCAGGGACGUCACAGGAAAAGUAAUAAAGCAUUUCCUUAAUUUCAUAUUUUGAUAGGCAUUAAAAAUAAGAAUUGUAAAAAAAAUUAUAAAUGAAUGAUUAAUCCAUCAUAAAUACUGAAGAUUUAAGAAUUGAUUUACAAAAACAGCAUAAAAUAUUCAAAUAAACCAUUUAUAAAUACAUUUGUUAAUUCACAAAUAAAUAAUACAAUUUGAAAAAGUAUUUGAAAAGGCAUUUUAAAAAUGGGAAUACAUAAAUGGUUUUCCUUUCCCUAUUAGCUAAUUGAUUAGCUUAGUCAUUUAGCUUCAGCAGCUGAUAAAAACUGACCAUUAGCUCUCCAACCAAUCAGACAGCUUGUUACAUCCCAUGGCCAAUUGUUUAUCUUAAGUAUUUAUUGGUGGAUUCAUUUCCAUCAGUUCAUUUGUAAAUUAUUUUUCACAAUUCCUAUUUUUGAUUAAGGGAAUGCUUUAUUACUUUUCCUGUGACAUCCCUGCUCCUCCAUUAAAAACAAAACGCUGAACCUCAUGCUUGCAACAUUUAGCAGAAAUUAAAACUUUCAGAGUUUCUUCUAAAGUAUCAGAAACACUAACUUUCUGUCCAUUUACAAUAUAAAAAUGGAGAAUUUAUCUAUUUCCCUUUUUGUUCCAGAAGUGAGAGACGACUUUAUAUAAACCGUCAAUAGAGUGGUGAAGUAAAUGGGAAGAAGAAUUUCAGGGCUUCCAGAGUUUUGUUCAAGUCAAAUUUUCCUUUCAUUUUCUGCAUAGACAGUGUUUGGUGACUGACAGCUGGAGCGCUUCACGUCUUUGAUGGAGAUGAAACCCUCCUGAUUGAAUUAUCAGUACAAAAGAUUAACACUGCUGUUAGAAAAUACCUGGUCCUUCAAUAGAAAGUCAAAGGUACAAGACUGUGGACAUAAUAAGAACUUAAGUACAGCUCCCAAGCUUCAAUUCAGGAGGAUGCACCCAAUUACUGACCUUAAAAUUCUUGUACUUGCAGUUCUAUGAAGAGUGGAGGAAGAUUACGUUUUUUUUUGUUUUUUUUUUAAACUGCAGUUUUAAUGGAUCGGCUUUCAGAUUCUGGGUCUAUUUUGGAUCGAUUAGGCAACUAUGGCAGGGCAUCGUUGUAUUUAGAGUCAUUCAUCAUUCCAAACAGGUACCUCAACAGGUGACCCGCAGUAUGGAUCCUGAACUUUCCAAAUAUACCAAUUAUAUCAGCAAGAUUUUUGGUAAAUGUGUAUAAAAUGUCCAAGAUACCCAAACAGCCUGAUUUCACUCAAUCUAAGCAUCAUGUUGCGUCAGUGAAGUAUUGGAACAAGCAGAUCCAGUCAGUAGGGUGGAAAAGAUCAGACAUUAAUGGGGAUAAUCCAAGAACUCUCCAGUUAUAACCUGAACCACAUCAGAACCAGUUUAUUAGUGAUGCUGAGGAACUGACCUCUAAACCUUUCCACAGGAAGUGGAACCAGAACACCAAACAGCUAACAGGGGGAGUUUUUCUUUAAAGAUGUUUCUUCUUUGGACUUUUACUGCGGAGCCUCAUUCACAUUUCUGUCCAAAGCUUUGUGUCUGCAGCUUCCUGCCAGUAAACUACCGCAUUAGAUAAAGUGAGCGCUUGUAUUUUUCAUUUAGUCGAUUAUCCUUACUGAUAACAAAGGAAAUGGGAGUUAAAGCACAAUUCUGCCACUUAAAGACAGUCAAUAGACUAGAUAUUGUAAUAUCAGAUGUAAAAGCUAAACUGUAACUAUUUACAUAGAGAAUUUCAACACUAACAUGUAACAUGCUAGAAUGCAAAAGAAAUCCAUAUGAAUAUUUGUGAAAUCAUCAGUUUAUGAAAAUGUUACAGUUUCUUUUCGGCAGUGCAUUGAUAAGGGGUUUUUAUACGACAUUCAUUUUCUUUCUUUUUACCCCUUUUUCUCUGUUACUCGCAAACUUUCAGCAACAGUUUUCUUACCACAAGGCAUGGGUUUUGUUGAUAUUUUUGCUGUAUGUUUAAGGUCACGAGUUGCUACGUGAUAUUUUAAUUUGACUUGUGAAGUUCGUACGGUUUUUAUCAUGCUGGUGUUGGCAUCUCUUGCUCUGAAUAAAUCUUGUGUUGCAACACUGA